AUGUCGACAUACGGCCUGCUCAUGGCUGCCCCUCCUGCUCAUUUUACCCAUCCUAGACUCCAAAUCCGCACUGCCCACGACGCCCACCGCGUCUUCGAGGCUGUCCGUCGUGGUCUCCUCCCGCUCAUUCGACGUCGUCUCUCCCCCUCUGAACGUGAUCUCCUUUCGUCCGGCCAAGUUUUCGUCUGGGAAGAGGCUCCCACUGGCUCUGCCGCCGGCGACGAGACGAGCCAGACAACCUCGGGCCUCGAGAGGUGGACAGACGGUCGAAGAUGGUCCCAGAGUAGGAUGCGGGAGCCCUUUCUCUUCUACGAGGAAAAAGUACAAACGACGCCUGAAGAAAAGCAGGCAAAAGCAGAUCGACGAGCACGAAAAGCCUCGUCUACGUCCGACUCGCAAGCUGCCCUCGCCACUCUACAGCCCGUCCGUCGUCAGGAUCGUCCGACGAAACCAGACGGACUGACGAAGCAGACCUAUUCGUCCUAUGUCUACUUUCCAUCAACAUCUCCUACCACGGGUAGUCCCACCACGCCUCCUCAACCACGCAAAUGGCAUUGCGUCGCCUACUUUUCUGCCGCAGACUGGAACAUACUACCUGGUAUCGAGGCGUAUCCAGAGCUCAACUCGAUCAUCGUUCCAGACGGCGUUUAUGUGAGCACCAAAGGGACAGGCAAGACCGGUGCACCUCCGCCAUCUGCACUCGCCUCGUCGUCUACAACCUCGAAUCCGAAUGCCAAUGUUUUCCCGCCCAUCGCCUCCUCGCCUGUAUCCUACUAUGAUGGUAAUUGCGGCGUUGGACCCAUUCGACGUCCGCAUAGUCGAGGCGAACACAGUCUCAGCCCCUAUCCCACCAGCGGUGCUUCUCCUUCGCCUUGCUCUACUACAUCCACCUCUUCUUCUGCAUCUGCCUUUGGCUCCCCUUCGUCUGUCACACCCAAGGGUAGGGCGAACAGCUUUGGAGAGGGACGAUAUCGCUCACCGUCGACAUCGUCUUAUUCGCCCAGGACAUCAUACGAGGCUCGACCUUCCUUUGGAUCUCUUCCUCCGCCACCCGCGCGUUCGUCCUCGUAUUCCCACACCUAUUCGUCCACUUCGACGACUCCUGGUGCUUCAAUGGCUGCGGCCGUAGCGGGUGUAUACGGGUCUCAUAAUUCCCUUUUACAGCACCACCAACACUCGUCGUCUACCUCGUCCUCCUCUGCAUCCACAUCUUCUCCGCCUACACCGGGCUUUGGCGCGCCCAUCCCAUCCCCUAAUGGAUUUAGGCGAAGUUUGGACGGUGACGAAGAAAGGAGAAGAAGCAAGAGGGAUGAUGUGGAUACGGUCAUGUACGAUGCACCGACACUUCGUACGCCGACAAAGGAGUUUCCGAGUCGGACGAGGAGUGCCAGUCGGACGGGCGAGUACUUCUCCACCAGUCAACCAAAUCCACCUCCUUCUGUUCAGCCAUCCGAAUCUACUCCCAGCAGUAGUGGAACGACACCGGGUGGAACUGUCCUUCCUUCUCUCCCGAGCCUACUAGGCCAAAAUUGGCAGACGAGCGGCCGGUCGCGUGAAGAUUCGCGGGCCCUGGGCGCAUUCAGACUCGCGCUAUGA